AUGGCGGACGCCGGCGGCGGCGGCGGCGGUGGGGUGUUGGAGCCCGUCCCCUCGCUCCGGACGGAGGUUGAGAGCCUGAAACGGGAGAGGGACCGGCUGCAGGACGCGCUCAUGCGCGCCAUGCGCAGCGCCGUCUUGUUCCGCGGCUACCUGCACCAGCACCAAACAGAGGACGAGUCCAUCGGGCUACUGAAAGCCGACUGGGAGAUGCAGUGGUUUGUGCUGGGCAGCGGCGGCCUGCUGAAAAUCUACGACUCGGAUAGGGACGAGGCGCGGGAGCCGGGGGCGCUUCUAUACAUUGCGGAUUGCCUGGUGGAAGUUGAGCCGCCUGGGGUGGAGCGCCCCUGGUGCAUGCGCAUCGUGGAGCGCGCCGCGACUUCGCAGGCGCACGCAGGCGGCGACGGCGGCGGCGGCGGCGGCGGCCUCGGCCUGCCGCUGCCCUCUGUCAACUCCUGGGGCUCAGUCAGCAUCAGCGGCCGCAACGAGCUGCUGCUCGUGGCCGCUGACUCAGCGGCCGCGCUCAUGCAGUGGUCCGACGCCUUUGGCCGCGCCGGCCUGAAGGUCGUGUGGCCGUCCGCCGGCCUCGGCCGGGGCAGCAGCCGCGGCGGAAGCGGGGCAGGCGGCGGGGCAGGCGGCAGCUUCUCGCUGGGCGGGGCCAGGACGAACAGUGCGCCAUUGCUGGGCGCCGCCGCCGACGCGGCCGCGGCGGCGGCGCACAGCGGGCUGGUGACGCUGGGACUCGUCGUCCUCGCCACCACGCACAUCAGGGCCCUGUUGGAGAACCUGCUCGUCUACCGCCUCCGCCUCACCCUGCUGAACAAGAGUGUGUGGCUCGCCAUCGUCAACACGGCGGGCGACAACGCCGCCUGCCUGCUGGCCGUGCCGGGCCUGCUGGUCUUUGCGGCCGCGUCGCUGGGCGUGGAGUGGCUGGCGCUGGCGCUGCUGAGGCGGGAGCAGCGGGAGGACUCGGCUCUGGGCAAGAAGCUAGAUGACAUCACGACCACGCCCAGCGCCGCGGACGACGACGCGUCCCCGUUUGUGGACGACCAGAGCGGCCGUGCGAUGCGGCGCUUGCGCGCCCACCGUCACGAGCUGGUGGUGGUGCCGCUGGCGGUGGCAAACUGCGUGCUGAGCCUGCUGCUGCCCUGCAUGCUAGUCUUCAGGCUGGAGGCGCACCCCUUCCCCGCGCUGCUGCUGACACUCAGCGCCUUAGUCAUACAGAUGAAGCUCAUGUCCUACCACCACCACAACUGGCACCUGCGCACCAUCCGCCGCCGCCGCGGCCCCGGCGCGCGCGCGCCCGGCGAGCGCGGGGGCGGCGGCGGGGACGAGGUGGAGGCGCCCUGGUGCGCGCUGGCGUACCCGGAGAACCUCACAGUGAACAACAUGCUGUUCUUCCUGGCGGUGCCCACCCUGACGUACCAGGUCAACUACCCGCUGCUGCCCAACCGCCGCCCGCGCAUGCUGCUGCGCUGGGUGCUGAUGCUCCUCGCCCUCGCCAGCCUGCAGCUGCUCAUGAUCGACCAGCUGCUGGUGCCCGCCAUGCUGUCCGGCCUCAAGCCCCUGGCGGACCUUGACUGGUGGCACUUCUGUGAGAGGGUGCUGGGACUGGCGCUGCCCAACCUCUAUGUGUGGCUCUUAACGUUCGUCAUCGUGUUUCACGUGUGGCUGAACAUCAUGGGAGAGAUCACGCGCUUCGCAGACCGCUGCUUCUACAAGGCCUGGUGGAACGCCAGCAGCCUGGACCAGUUCUGGCGGCUGUGGAACAUGCCGGUCCACACCUUCCUCAUGCGCACCAUCUACUUCCCACUCAUCCGGAUGCGCGUCAACAAGUGGUGGGCGGUGGUGUGCGUGUUCUUCUGGAGCGCGGUGAUGCACGAGGUGGCGGUUGGGGUGCCCUUCCGCAUCCUCAGGGGAUGGGCCUUCUGGGCGAUGUUUGGCCAGAUCCCUCUCAUCACGCUGACAGCCUACCUGAGGGCGCGCCUCAAAAACGACGCCCUAGGCAACGCCAUCUUCUGGGUAUCGUUCUGCAUCCUGGGGCAGCCCAUCUGCGUGCUGCUCUACGCACACGAGUACCUCAAGCGGGAGCAGCCACCGGUGGCGGCGCAUGCCAUCUGA